GCAUCAUGUAAUAAAAUUGUGUUAUAUGGUAGUGUGGCAAGAUGAUUUUCGUAAGUUUCCCCACUGCGCCGCUCACCAACAUUUUAGCGACGUCGAUGUUGGAUAUGUGCAUCACUUUCAUUUCCAUAAAUGUAGGCGGCUACCUCGGCAAACGCCAGUGGUGUUGAUAUAUGCGGUUAACAACUUUUUUAUGUAGACAUCUGUGGUGUUUCGCGCUGAUUCAGCCAGCUGGUCCUGAGCUAUGACUUUGAAUAUUUGUGUAUUUCGGCAUUUGAAGUGUUCUAGGAAUGCGUUCUUAUGAUCAUCUACUUGCUUAUUUGUUAUAAAUCCGCAGAGCCUUCCCUAUAAAACAUACAUUAAUUUUACCCAGUAACACCGCAAAAUGCUCAGAUGUAACGUGUCCUACGAAAAGCAUUCAGGAUAUAUGUUAAUGUGGCGUCUCUUAGCUGUCGCAUAUUCUGCUCCAACUUAACCAGCGGGAAUAGGCGCAACAAGUUAAAUGCGGGAAAUAAUCUAUAGGCGCUUGAUUUAAGACUUUAUUUCCUCUAACUGGCGGUAAUGGCAAAAAGUCACCGAACAGCAGAACGUUGAUUCAUCCGAAAAAGGCUUAGCUAUUUUUUAAUUGUUUCAGACGUGAGUCUCCUGUGCAUAUAAUCUCAUAGGGAACCAUUGAGAUCUAAUCUAUGAAGAGAGAGGAACUCAGUGUUCUUUCCAUUGCAGGUGCAUGGUUCUGUGGGAGUUAUCAAUCAAGAGUGGCAUGUUGACAAGGCUACAAUUUACAAUCCUUCUGUAAUGGCAACGUCAGCAAGCCGUGUAAUGUACUUCCGGUUACUAUUCGCGCUGCUACUCCAGUUAAUGUUCGAGCUUCUUCUUCUUUUAUAUCUUAAGGGCCCACUAUCAAUUUAUUGAUCAUUCUGGCUCCUAUGUAUGUAGAGUGAUUUGCAAUAUUUCUGCGCCUGGUAUUGAAGAGAGUAUUUCACUGGUUGCAAGGGCUACUCAGCGAGGGUAUCGUGAACUGGGGUUUGGAAGGCCUGAGGCAAUAGACGGAAAUGUGCCAAGUGUUGUCGGCUCAACUGUUCCAUUUAUAAGUUUGUUCCAGUUCAUGAUUGUUUUUGGCAGGAAUGAGCAGUUCCUGUACUGCGUACGGUCUUUGUGUGCCGCAACUGCCAGUUAUGGCCUCGUUGCUGUCUCUGGGGAGAGGGACGAGUUUCUGUUUAAUGCUGAGGCAGUGAACUAGCCCAUAAUUUAUAGUGUAAAUCAUGGAGAACCUGGAUAGUCGUCGUCGUUCCUCCAAUAGUGACCAGCCAAGUGUUUCCAGCAUGCUGCCAACACUAGAGGUAUUCCUGUAGCGGUUCAGGACAAAGCGUGCUGCCCGUCGUUGGACCGCCUCCAACCUUUCGAUGCUCUUCUGGCUGUGUGGGUCCCAAACUAAAGAUGCGUAAUCUAAAAUCGGCCCGACAAAGGCUUUAUAGGCUCUUCUUCUACAUGUUUUCAGUAGCAGCGGUUAAUUUGGUUCUUGAGAAGUGGUAAGUUUCUCUCGAUGAUUGUUAUACUACCUUUAUUUGUUGCCGUAUGCUGCCUAAGCAUGUUGAUGAAUCACUCUCUCUGGCCUAGAUUCGUGGCUUCUUGUGCACUUAGUAACUGUUCAUCGCUCAUUGUCUGCUCGUAUAAUUAUUUUUCUUAUUCGUGUUUUAUAUCAACUGAUGAUGAGUCGUAGACGAUCUGGAAUGCAUGUGUCUCCUUAAAUUUAAAUGCAUUCUCUAGUUGUCUUGCCUCACUCUUUGAAAUUUUGCAUGUCUGCAUUGAUUUCUUUCAGGGAUUCCUCACGAGCAAGACAGGCUCUCUUACUCUGUAGAAGUCUUGUAGCAAAUUUUAUGGCAUGUAUUGCAAAAGGAGACUAUAAUACAAGUUCUCUUGUUCUGAAGAAUCAACUAAGUGUGGUACUGUUACAACUAUUGAGACAUUUCUUAUUGGCAUCUUUGAAUUGUCGGUAAGCUGAAUUAUUUUCCUCCGUUUUCCUCAUUUACAGAAAGUUAUGUAAAAAAAAAAAAAAAUAUUUGAGCACGAGACAGCCAUAACUUUCCUACAUUAUUUUUACAAAAUGCUCUUUGGUUCAUAAUGUCUUAUGUUUAAAUUAUAGAUUUUAUACCAGAAAAAAAUGUGUUCUUCCUCUUCUCUUUUUACACGUCCUUUUAUUUGAACCAGUGUUUAUGGAAUUAAUUGCUAAAUAAUAUUGUUUUCAUGGGAUUACUAAUAUAACAGUUCCUGUAUAGUUUCACUCUGUUAAAGGAUUUAGAACUAUGUAUUAAUAUCAAUCCAUUUAGUGCAGUGGCUCUCAAACUUUUCCGACAAUCGCCCCCUUUGGCCAAUAAAGUCGUUCUGACAAAUAUUUUCUGAAUCAAAAUACAAAUUUUCAUGAGCCUCUAAGUUAAUUAAUUACACAACUAAAUGUAAAAGUGUAACAUAUAUUUGAAAAUUAAAUUUAAACUCAAAUGAAAUUUUCCACUUUCAUUACGUCCUGCUAUUCCCUUUGGCCAAUAUCUCAAAACCCCCCUAAAAUCUUUUUUAAAUAACGUUGUUUGAUAGUGCGAACUUAAGUUUAAAUGUAUGUUAACUGCACAAAACGUCGGUUUAGAUGUUAUUCUUUUGAUGUAGGAAUUCUGUUUUUUUAAAUAUAGUUCAGGAGCAAGGCAAAAUUUUGUGUAAUUUUUUUUUUAUUGAAGAUAUCAUUUCAAAUACGUUAAUGUUACAGAUAUUUAAAUUGGUAAAUAUAUUACAUUUCGAAUUUAAAAAUAUGUUUUCUUUUUAGUAACUGAAGAUCAUAGGCGUGAAAAAGGAUUGGACAAGCAUCUUUUAUAUGGAAUAUAAAAAAUGUCUCAAAACCCAAUGAUAAUAGAAACGUCAAUAUCUACACACAGACAUAGAUGCUACUUUAAAACUAUGGAAAGUUUGCUUUACUGUUUUCUAAAAAUAGGCCUAUAAUUUUCAUUGGAAAAGUCAGAUUUUUUUUUUUUUUUGUUGUUGUUGCUGUUUGUUUGUUUGUUUUUGAGGAUUUAAAAAAUCAACACCCGAUUCAGUAAAAUACGUAGUUUAGACCUCGCAAUAAGUCAUUAGUACCCGAGUAACACCAGGAAAGUUUGCUUUACUGUUUUCUAAAAAUAGGCCUAUAAUUUUCAUUGGAAAAGUCAGAUUUUUUUUUUUUUUUUUGUUGUUGUUGCUGUUUGUUUGUUUGUUUUUGAGGAUAUAAAAAAUCAACACCCGAUUCAGUAAAAUACGUAGUUGAGACCUCGCAAUAAGUCAUUAGUACCCGAGUAACACCGGGUCAUGGAGUCACAUCUUCUCUAAUACUUUAUUUUAGGCUGUUACUUUAUUUUUAUUUUGUUCCUUAUUUUCACAUUUGUGUUCGCAGAUGAGGGGCUCUUCUUCAAUAUUUCGUUUCAUUAUUUUUCACCUGCCCAGUAACUUAGUUAGGGUUAUCACCGAUGGGGCGGGCCUUGAAUUUUGCGCCCCCACCCUUUUUUUUCCCACGAUAAAACUUUGCAGCAUGCCGAUAAUACCAUCCCUCAAAAUUUCCCAAGCCUCCCUUGCCUUUACUUUAAACAAUAAGAACCGAACUUUAAUUAUUUUUUAACCUUCAUCACCUUAGGAAUAUCCUAAAUAUGCCUUAUUUUGAACAAUAACAACCAAAUGAAUGUCAAUUAUUUUUAACAUUCGUCACCUGGGGAAUAUCCUAAAUCUCCCUUAUUUUAAACAAUAACCAAAUGUCAAUUAUUUUAGCCUUCAUUAUCUGGGAAUAUCCUAAAUCUGCCUUAUUGUGAACAAUAAAAACCAAAUGUCAAUUAUUUUUAACAUUCGUCACCUGAGGAAUAUCCCAAAUCUCCUUUAUUUUAAACAAUAACAACCGAAUGUCAAUGAGAGUGAUUUCUGAAUUUAUUUUUAGCCUUCGUCAUCUGAGGAAUAUCCGAAUUUAUUUCCAGUACGUUGCAACAUCCUGUAUUCGUUAAUUGCCGUAACACUAAAUAAAGAACCGAAAUAUGGAAAAACAAAAAAAGAAAGUGUAAUAUCUGUUACAAAUUACAGAAUAUGUUCCUGUGUAUAUGGUUAGAUCUAAGUAUACGAAAUACAAUCUUUUAAAAAAACAGAGGAGUCCAAUAACCAAAUAAACUGUUUUUAGUGACAGAAGUUAUGGACAUCGCUGGCCUACAAUGCUAUUUUAUCUAAGUUAAAGAUUGAUUUUUUUAAGCACGGAUUAUGGACAGCGACACCUAAGUGGUAAAAAAUGAAAAAAAUAAAGAUCUAUUCGAGAACAUAUGUUUGACAUUUUUGGCGCAGCGCAGGGGCGUCAUUUUGGUAGGGCUGGGUGGGGCAUUUGCCCCCCCCCCCCCGACUUUUCAGGUUUUAUUAGGUAAAAAAUGAAAAAAAUAAAGAUCUAUUCGAGAACAUAUGUUUGACAUUUUUGGCGCAGCGCAGGGGCGUCAUUUUGGUAGGGCUGGGUGGGGCAUUUGCCCCCCCCCCCCCCCGACUUUGCAGGUUUUAUUUUAAUAGCUAUGUACUUUGGCGCCUGGAGUAAUAAACUUGAACAAGCCGAACAAGUUUUGUUUUGGGAAAAAAACUGAAAUGACGCCACUGGCACAGCCUGACGAACAAAGAGGUCAAUCUAAAUCAAAAAAAAAAAUAAAAAGUAAAAUUCCCCCAAAAUCCCCAUAAUAAGCCUUUUGCUUAAAACAGUAAUUAUCUUUAGAUGUAUUUUAUUAGUUUUAAUAGAAUAAUUAAAAUACAAGUAGGCCUGAUAACAAGUUUUAGUGUUCUAAUGUUCGUAACAUGUCAUUUCCUAUUACUGUUACCCAUAAUUCCUCACCACUUUUAGGUUGGUGUAAUCCCUUGUUGUUUUGUCCCAUUUCUCGUAGAAACGCCCAAGAUUCGUAAUUUAUUCAAAGUUUCAGGUAACAAAAAUCGUAUUUACUGUUAUAAAAAUCGUUAUCUAUAUUAUAAAUUUAAAAUGAAAUGGCCGGCCUUAAUUCGUGACUUUCAUGGUCAGUAACCGGCCCGACAAAGAGUUUCAUACGUUCGACUGUGAUUGUGUGUGCUUAAGCCAUAGGCUAUUCAUUGUUAUCUCAUGGGGAAGGUUGGAGAGGCUUAGGUUUAACUUUUUUGCUGCGUGAAUAAUUGCUGAAGAAUGUAACAGUUCGAAAAAAAAAACACUUAUUUAUGACCUCUAACUUAUCUAACUUUUAAGAUGAACAAAUUAAGGAAGGCAUUUCGAUCGCUCGACAUUUGCCCACCAUCAUGACCUAUGCCCUUAAAGCCGGCUUCUUUGUCUGGUUAAGAACGCUAAUAUUCGAAAUCACUAUGCAUUUGCGAUGAAAAACUAUUUUGUUUUAAAUUGCAAGCGAGUGAAAGUCACGCAACAUACAUUGCAGUUGUAGGCUUAGUAAAGGCGUGUCGAUGCUGAGAUUGAAGGUUAUAUUAUGCCGGCAUGUGCCACGUGGUUGAUUCGCAUCCAUUUAUUUUCCUUUGUUAUUUGAAUUCUUAUGAUUUAAUCGUGUGCCAAAAAUAAUUAGCGUAUAUAAACAUAUAUAAUCUGGGUUUAACAUAUUUCAAUAUAAUAUAGGCUUCUUUAAAUUUAUGCCAGUUUGAAAGAUACAAAAUAAUUGGGGAAAAGUUGCGUUAAUCGGAGAUCCCCAAACAAUUCUAACACACAUAUAUAUAUUUAAUAUAAAUAUAUGUAUUAAUAUAUUAAUUUUUUUUUUUAAAAUAGGCCUAUGUUGAUUUUGUUUUGUAUAGAUGUUUUCUUGUAUUUAUUGAGUUUUUUUUGCUUGUUCUUUUUCUUCUUUUUAGGGGGAGCGGGUUGGGGCAUGGCUGUCUUUUAAGUCAUGGCGAUACUGGGAAGUUGCCCAAUGAAUCCCACUAAGACACGCUUCUAGGGACAUCAUGCUUCCAUAUUGUUUAAAAUAAUGUUAGUUCACAGAAAUAUGAUGAAGAAAAAACAAAAAGUAGCCAGGUUUAACCUAAACAAACUGAAUAGAACUAGUCCCCAACAAAGAGCAGAAUUGUACAGUUUCUUGUCUUUUAUUUUACAUCUCGUUUGCAUGACAGGGUAUCUUUUUUUUUUUUAAACCAAUUUUAAGCACACCCAAAUCAUUUUUUAUUGAAGUAGUUUCAGCAACAAAAUACUUGAAAUAAAGUAUAAAAAAUUAUAAAACAGCAUACUGGUAACUAAUUAGUUACAAUUAAAAAUGAAGGAUUUGACACUCAUAUUAAAGGACACGUAAAUCCCCCCUAACAUCUUUCUUCUUGUUCUCCGAGUAAGUGUAGAAUAAUGUAGAAUGGUGGAAAUCUAAAUUCAGGUAUGGGCCAAAAUGCAUCCCUGCAAUUUAAAUUUAUCAAACCAUUUCUGGGGAGGGGCAGUAAUAAGUUAUAAAACCAUUCCUAGCUCCCCUCUAUGUUCCCAAAAUAAUGUAUUAUUCAUGACAAUAUUUAUAACAACUUUUAAAGGAAGAUAAGAACACAAUAAAAUGUUAUAUUCUUAUUUGUAAUUGAGCUUUUAAUUAAAAUAUUAAAAACAAUUAACUUUAUUUAAUUCAGGAAUAAAUUGAUUAAAUAUUAUUAUGAUAAGCACAUAUUAUUUAAAGUAAGAUUAUUAUACGCACUUAGUAAUAUUCUAUUAUUUAUACAUCACGCAAAUAUGAUCACUUUAUGUUUUGGUAGGGUUCUUUUACAACACUCUUAAAUCAAAACUUUCAGAAAUAUUGCUUAUAUUUCUUUGCAAGAGAUAUUUUAUUGACCAAUUUCCAUAGUGUAAAAUAAUGACAUGAAAUGUAUUAAAUUUACUUCCGCAAUCAAACAUCCAAGUACGAUCUCUGAAACUUUGGGUUAAGCUUGGAAUGAGCUAUUCAUCAAGACAAUCCAAUUCAUCUAAACUCAACAUGGAUUUAUACCCAAAUCUAAAAAUCAAUUAAUGAAUAUCGGAUGAUCACUCAUACAUAAUUGUAUGUACCAUAUUAAAAUGGCCACAAGAUGUUUAAGCAGUAGCGUCACUAUGGGCUGUGGACCGCACCGGAUGACACCCUCGCAGGAAUAUGAUACCAACUGCGAAAUAGUAAAUUGAUAAUGUUCACUCAAUCUCAUUUCAAAAAUGAACAUUAGCAGGGUAUCACUAAAUCAAGGUACCACAAGAACAGGUGGCCACCAGAACAGUCUCACCACUGCAGGUUGCCACAAGAAAAUGGGGACAGAGGUUGUCACCACAACUAGGUGUCAAGUGGCAGAUAAGUGUGACAUCAGAGUAGAUGCCACGAGAAAGUGUAUCAGGUCAAGUUGCAAAACUGAAAAGGUAUCCACCAGACGCGGCAGACACAAUGAGGUGUGUGGGGAGGUCUGGUAAGGAGGAGUUGGGCACCAUGGGUUUACCACACUGGGUAACACCAACCCCAAACCUAGUGAAGCCAUUUGCCAUCUUAACAUCCCCUACCUUUCUCAUUAAGGUCCGACGGGAUUGAAUAUUGGACAAUAUCCCUAAUAAUCGGAGUUAAUUUAGAUUGGAACAUAGAGUUAAUUUGAGAAGUGAAGGUACAGUUAAUUCGUUAGGUUUAAUAAGAUUGACAUCAUAUCCCAUAUGAUUAUAAAUUGACGUUACACACUCAACUUACACACGAGACUUACACACUUGCAACUGUUAAAAUAAAUAUACUUUCCGUUUUUAUCUACCAGAUUUUGGCACUUAAUGAAACAAUUAAAAGUAAAGAAUAUUUUUUUAAUACUUUUUUUUUAAUGCGGCAUCAACCUGUUUUUAGUGGUUACGUUUUCAAAAAAAUGAUAACUACCGGGAGUCAAUCGCACAUUCGACGCUAUUCUCCGACUUAUGAAAAGGACGUUCAAUUGACUUCUGUGCCAAGACUAAAAAACUUUCAUGAAAACGGACACAAAAUAAAAUGAUACUUAUAUUUAGAUUCGACCUGUCGAUGUGGCCAUCUCUGACAAAGUGACCUGUCCGCAUGGCCAUGUCUGAAAACGUGACCUGUCAGCAUGGCCAUCUCUGCCACAAGGUGACCUGUCUGCAUGGCCAUCUCUGACAAGGUAACCUGUCAGCAUGGCCAUCUCUGACAAGGUGACCUGUCAGCAUGUCCAUCUCUGUCAAAGCAUCGCUCUCGAUAAAUGUAAAAUAGAUAAUCGUAUGAAAAACUGACAUUGUAUGCGGAACCAGCAGAGUAGAUAAACUUGAUGAUUUAAUUUCUAACUUCUGAAUCCAGUGAAUGUGUCUAUAGCGCUAUGUCGGCGGCUCCUAUUUAAAGUGAUUUCAAUACUUGUGUCCAGUAUGUGAUUUCGCCUUAAUAUUAAUAAGUAACUUUUUUUUAAAAAUAGCUCCUUGUAAUGUUUUACUGAUGUUUUGAAUGAGCUAUUCAUCAAAACAACUUGAUUAAUUUACAACUUUACAUAGAUUUGUCAUGACUCUAUUUUCUAGGCCGAUAAUGAUCGAUAAUUUUUAAAUAAAUUUUUUAAUUGUAUAAUUUUAAUUUUAAAAAAAAGUUAUUCCACUGUAAUCCCCACCACCAUCUUUGGAUACUGAGCUUUUUACAGCCCCCCGCCCUGCCACCCCCAUCUCUCACAGCCCCUUAGGGUAGAUAUCACACACUUUAUGAACCACCGCUCUAACGUGUUCUUAAAUUAUUUUGUUUUUCUAAAAUUGUUUUACUUUUCUUUUUUUAACAGGUGUCCACAUCGACUGAGUUCAUCCCCUACAUCCCAGACAAAAGAGAGAGGCUCGCUAAACAAAGCUGAUUUGACAAUAACAGAUUCCAUUUCAUCGCUGGGGAAAGAAGACAGAAAAUAGAAACAAAGAAAACGCAUCCAUCAAAAAUUUAUUUAGCUCCCUUAAGACAUAAUUAUGAAGAUGGCCAUAGAAAUAAACAGAUGCUCCUGACAUUAGAUCAUGGAGGAGCAUAUGCAAAAUCAGGAAACUUUGCUUGGAUGAUAAUUGUAAAAGAUACUUUAAUCCCCUUUGAUACAGGAUAAGCCUUCAUUCAGAAUUUUGAGUGAAAGAUUCAUUUUAAGUUGUGGCUUAAUGAAGACAAAGUUACUCGAGUUUUCUGCUUCGUUAUAGAUCCAUGAAAUGGUGAGAUUAUUAUUAUUUUUUUUUUAAAUUUUGAUCAUGUUUAUAUUAGCAAUAAUUACCUCACCUUGCACAAUUGACUUUUGGCAGUGGCGUCACUAUGGUUGGUGUUAACGGGUGCGGUAAAUAAAUGGUAUCCUCCAAACUCCCCCCCCCCUCCCAGUCAUCCACAUGAACCCUUACAAACUCUAGCGACGCCAUUGUUCUGGAAGUAACCUUCUCUUUAAAAAAAACAACAACCUGAGAUAUGUUAGGAAAUCGAAAAGCGAUAUGAAAAAUUUGAAUUCUUUCUCUUGGCCUACCUGCUGUGGAGUUUGUCACUAGGUGCAAUCCACACCACCUAGUGACGCCCCUGCCCUUUGGACAAGCAUGUAUGUAUCGUCCUUUUCCUUUUGCAAAGCAUAAAAUUGAGAGUAAAAAACGAUCAAGGUCUAAAUUGACGAUGAACUCUUUUUUUUCCAAGUUGUGUGACUGUAUUUCUAAAAUGUCCGCUCAACACAGGAGACUUGCAUGCAGGUAACUAUCCUUCUAAACAUAUCCAUUACAGUUAGCAAGUACAUUCAAGAUCAAAUCAUCACCCCGCCCCCGCCCCCAUCCCCAAAAAAAAAAAUUUUAAAAAAUGAAAUUGAAAUAAAUAAAUAAGAAUUUGAUCCCUUGUCGCAGGCCCCCAAACUGGCAAAAGAUCUCUCAUUUGUACUUGGGUUGAUUCGACACUCCCGAAUUGACUAUCGAUUCCAACAAAGUUGAGCAAAGAAUAGGCAUCUCAACGAGAAGUUAAUUUGAGCAUUGCUCGCAGCACAUAAAAGUCUCAAUAAGGAAAUCUGCUGACACAAGAUCGUUCUUCACUACCAUUCAAGGGCAUUCGAGUAUCCCGAUACACGAAAAGUAAUAGAAUUAUAGGGAGAAAAAGAAAGUGUAAACUUGUCCAAUGACCAUAAUCAUCAAACAAUGGAGGGUGGUAAAAUUUCAGAAAAAAUGCAUUCCGUUAUUUUUUUUUAUUUUUUUGUUUUUUGUUUUUGGUAUGACAUUUCUAAUUUUCAGGCAACGACAACCCCCCCCCCCCCAACCCCAACCCUGAAGGGGUUGCGCCCAUCCUUUUGAAAACCAAAAAAAUGCUUUCUUUUUUUUUUUUUUUUUUUUUUUUUUUUUUUUUUUGGAAUAAAAUUUUUAAUUUUAAGGAAACAAAAACCCCCCCCCCCCCCAACCCCAACCCUGAAGGGGUUGCGACCAUCAUGUUGAAAACCACUGUGCUAACUAAUCAAAUAUAACGGGGGGAAAAACUAAAUCAACUAAAACCUUUUUUUUUAGUUGUAUAAUUAUACAAAUACAAUCAGUUAUCAGUAUUUUUUUUUAAUGACAAGCCCACGUUACGUCUAAGAGGAGAGACCUUUCAAUGCUAGGUGAACGAAUAUAUGGUGCAAAUAAAUGUCGCUUUUGAGUGGUUACAUUAAUAAUUGGAAAAUAUAAAAUAAUUUUGUGAAAAGAACCCACUUUUGCACCCAAAAAAAAUGGUCGCGGGGGAGCUGUUCCACCCUCCGGUUACGCUACUGAUGCAGUAGAAAUCGCAUGAAGAGUGGGAUCGGUUAUACAUGUUUUCAGAUGCCUCCACAUUGCCUCUGGAGCACCGAUGUACGGAGCAUGUGUAAAAUUGUUGAUGUCUUAUGUCAUUGUUGAUCAGCUCCUGUUGUCCUCCAGUCACGAUAGCUUUAUUUACAUAAUCGAAUCUUUCAUGCUGUAUCUGUAGAUGUACUUGUUGGCUGUAACAGAUUGCAGAUCUCAAUAUUUAGAUAAGCAUUAUUUUUAUAUAAUACUUAAGUAGCAGAAAUAGAUUUUAGGGUACAACAUAACGACUUUCCAUCGCCGUCACAGUCUCUUACUUAAUCCUAAAGUGCGCAGCAACGAAGAGUAAGAAAAUAACAUUUUUUAUGAGAUUUUCUCUUGAAUGGAUGACUGUAAAAUUUCUUCUGACAGACUCCAUCUUCCAUUCAUGGAGCAUAGUGAUUGGUGAUCUCGUAGAGUCCAUGUAUAUUGGAGCAUGUGAAUCUUCCUGAAAUUGGGUACAUUUUGAAGCAUUUGGUAUUGCUGAACAUAACAAAAAAUCAUUAAUUCAUUAAAAUUUAGGCAUUGGAAAGUUCCCCUCUGCUCAAUGCGUGAUAAAACAUUGUGUAUUUCACAAACCAUGCUUUUGAAAUUCGAUAGAUUAAACACUGGGCUGAUUUUUUUUUUUUUUAAUAUAUAAUGCUCUGAUAAAUCACCACUAUAUUACUUUAGCUUCACCUUGAAUUAGAAGACGCGAACUACCAAAUCAGGAAAAUCAAUUGCCUCCUCGCAAUUUCUAUUUACUUUGGUAUAGCAUCGUUGAAUGGAUCUUCAAUGUUCAUCGUGGAUACUUCAAAACAUGAUGGCUGAAUCAAAGCGCCUUCUGACUUUUUUGAAAUUCUAUUUUGGUGCUCUCUCCCACGAUUAGGAUUCUUAGAACAACAGGAAGUGCAUAAGAUGUUAAGUGUCAGAAUACAUGAGCACUAACAAGAUCUUCAACAAAAUGAAUAGCUUCUCUCCGUAUUGUUUGACUUUGCAUGCCUGCUUUUCAUUCUUUCCUUCGGUAUUGAGCUCAGAUUUUUACCUCUUGUUGCAUUUGAUAAUUCUGUUCGACCUCUCACUAAAGUCAUCGGUAAUAACUCGCAGCCAGCCGUUCUUAGGCAUAGGCAAAAAAUGUCGACUGCCAAAGGCCCCUCUGCCAAGGGGGUCUCCACCGGGCGCUUUUUUUUUUAGCCUACAACUUGAAAGUCCAAAUAUUUCAGAAGUACACAUUUUCCCUAGUGGCGGAAUUAUCAGUAUGGUUAGUGGUUACACCCGAACAAAGAGGAAACAGUGACGAAGGCAUAAUGGCGGUGCCGCAGUGAUGGGUGGUGUUUUCUCCUCAGCUCCGGGGGAGCUCCGUCCCCCGUACCCCUCCUUCCGGGGCCCCCUACCAACGCUCCAUGCCUAGGGUGCCCAAAAUCCCAAGAAUGGCUCUGCUUGCAGCACUAACCUGUCAAUGCACUUGACCUUCAACGGCUGGUUCUUUUAUUACUCGCCAUCGGUACUCUUCAGAUUUGCUUUUCACGUGAGUCAAGUGUCACUUGGCUUUGUCUCGCUCUACAUCUUCACAGUAUGUUCUACUGAGGCGAAGCUUAAGAAUUUAGAUCUUAUGUCAAUAUAUAUACACACACAUAUAUAUAUAUAUAUAUUAUAUAUAUAAUUUGUGUGUAUGUGUGUGUGUGUGUGUGUGUGUGUGUGUGUGUGUGCGUGUGCGUGUGCGUGUGUGUGUGUCUAGAUAAGAUACAUUCCUUCAAGUUUUUUAGAUCACUACAUAGAAGGAAUUUUUAAUAUCGGCUUGACCUCAUGAAAAGUACAAUAUUUAAUUUAGAUAAAUAUUGGUCUUUGGUCUUUUUUUUAGAGGGGGUGGGGGGCCGUGGAGCAAUAAUAAAUAUCAUUUUCGCUGUAGUAUUGCUAAUAGUAUGUAUGCUUGAAAUUGAAAAAGCGGGCGUGUAACACACUCACUGAAAGCAACAAAAAAUCAAAACAACUAAGCCUCUACUAGGCAUGUGUGCUCAGUACCCUGCUUUAUUGGAAUGAAUUUUAGACCAUAUACAACAGUCACAAACGGAAAAUCAACAGCUUCCACCAAAGAUGUCUGCGGUGCACUUUAUGCAUUCGAUGGCUGGGAAAAGUGCCUAGUACAGAGGUUCUGGAACGCGAUUAACUGUGCAGCAUGUUCUCGGCUCUUAGUAAAAGCUGCCUUUACAGGUUAGGGCAUGUAACGAUAAUGAUGGAAGGUCGUAUCACAAAGGACAUGCUGUAGGGAGAAUAGUCAGAGUGGGACACGACUUAUUGGACCCCGAGGCUGUUCUUUAUGGACGUAUGCAAAAGAAACACGAGUGAAGCCAACAUCGAAAUUGGUGGAUGGGAGAUCAUUGCUUAUCGUAGUUCUGGCUGGCAAACAGCAGUAUUUGUGACAGAAGAUGCGCGAAAUGAGGCUGAAGCAAUAAAAAGAGCAUUAAGGAAAGCCAAAGUAAAGCAGAAGUCAAGGUUCUCCGUCGAGAAUAGCAGCUGAGCCCGCGAUUCCAGGAUCGGCCUCUUAAGCCAUUCAAGAAAGUGUCCAUGAGCUAAUCCAUCGUCUCAGGAAGAUCGACUGAUGUCAAAUAUAAAUAUGCUAGAUGUAUUAUAAAAAAAAUUAAACAAGGUAGCUAUUUCGAGGGACAUAUUUUAAGUUAAUAUUAUUUAAAUGUAUGUUUCAUACUACUUAUUUCUAAUGUUUACAUUAUUUUUACAUUUAUUUUUGCCCGUAAUUUGGAGUUAUUACUAGUUAUUAUAGUUAGUACGUUUUAUAAACAAGUCCUCACCUAUUUUUCCACAGAAAGGGGUCGUGUUAAGGAACACAGACUUCAAGAAAAUCACUUUGCAAUUCUGGUAAGUUUUCCACUCUCCGUACCUUGCCAACAGCGAAGAAUUUAUUCCCCACCCCAAAAAGAUUUUUAUAAAAAAAAAAAAAACAUACACACUCAGAACUUAGGACAUGUUUUACUACAAAUGAAAUAUAUCGGGAAAAUAAAUACAUAAGCAGUGAAUGUUGAUAUAAUAUUUUAAGAAAUCAGAAAAAAAUGUCGUCUACUAAUUAAAAUGACAUAAUUGAAAUACAGGUACAUCGGAUUUUUGUAUUGCAGAAUUAAAAGUGAAAGAAUACAAUGUCAUACUGUAUACUGUGCAGCUGCUUACAUCCUCCUGAGACGAAACCAAAUUUAUGUUAAGUGGUUGUCAAAUUGGUUCUUUACCACCUGGCAGAGAUAGUUAAGUGUUAUAUGUCAUGUUUGAGAAAGGUUCGGUGGGAUUAUCAAAGGGGGCCAUGUUGAAUUAUGUCAAAAAACCAUUGAAAAAUUAUUAUUUAUUUCUUAUAACGAUGGAUUUAGAGACCGCCGAAUUACGGUUCGGCGCCGAAAGUUACCACUUGAUCCCUUUCGGCCUAGUUUCAGUUUCGGCCGAAAGCGAUUGAGACUUUCGUGUCUGCCGGCAAUCCGAUAUUCAUUACUGCUCGACGUCUUGCUUCAUCGGAUGUUAUAUGAUUAAUACUCUGGGAAAACUGCUCACAGCUGUUUGAUGACUUACUUGUCCUAUAUUUCCAAAAAAUUAAAUUUCAAUCAGGCCUAGGCAAAUGUAAACAGUUUUGUGGAAGUAAAACUAAUGGCAUGGUAAUAUUUAUAUCAUUGAUUUUGUUAUAUUUUUUUCAAAAAUAAAAAUUUGGAACUCUAUGUUAAUUCAAUUCCUCCUUUUGUGAUAUUCAUUUUGAUUAAUCAUUAUCAUGCGCAUCAAUUUUGUCAUAGGCAAAGGUGAAUAAUAUUGAAAAAUCCUAGGAAUUGGUAAUAUUUCCAUUAUUAUUUUCGUUUCAUUUUUUACCUUUUUUUUUUUAAAAAGGAAACUUAGGCUUUUUCAAUGCAUUCAUGUCUUGAAAUUCAUUUUAAUCAUGCUCAUAAACAUUGUUAUUGACAAAAUAACACGCGUGUGCAUGUAUAUUACGAGUUAGUAUUAUAAUUAUGUAGUAGGCCUACUGCAAACCUGUUUAUAUGACGUUGGCGACAAUUUGCAUGUCUUUUGCGAUUCAUCGAGACCCGCCAAUACAACAAGUGGGGGUUAGGGAGAUUGGUUGCCGAACGAAAUAAUUACGUCACCAGCACGGAAAUACUAAUGUGUUAGCAUUAGGCUAAUAAAUAUUAAUUCAGGGAUAUCUGGCCAGCUAUUUAAUGAAAACACAAAACAUUAGUAUGACGAUAACAGUGAAAAAUUAUGAUAUUUGAAUAGCUUUUAAAUGAUAUUUAUUGACUCUAUUAAAGCGAAAAUAAUAUUGUAGGUAUUAUCAGGUUCUAGGUUGUAAUUAUAUUUUAAAAGCCAAGGGCACUCAAGGGUCUAUUUUUCAUGAAUUUUGCCUCGCUCAGUCGCUCCCUCCCGCCUCCGGUCCAAAUUUUCUCUUAUCAUAACGCUUUAAAAAAAAAAAAAAACAUUUUAAAAGAAAUUUAAAUUACUUUUAAAUUAAAUGGUAAAAGUCAAAGUAUUCAUUAGAUGUUUAUUUAUUAAUAUUCACGAUGGUCUCAUUUAAAAAAUAUAUUUAAAUUUUGAUACUUUCCACAAUCGAUGUAUGUAGAAUGUAUGCAUGAACGAAUUUCAAAAUAUAUAAAUAUUAUAGUUUCGGUUUCAGGGAAAAUCACUUUAGGCUUUUGGUUUUAGAUUUUGGCCGAACGUCAUUUUUAACUUUAGUCUAAUUUCGGCUUCAGCCGAAAUCAGAAAAUCACUUUCGUUCGGUCUCUAGAUGAAAUACUAAUUAAGAACCUUCAAUAUUAAUCAGAUUGUUACGAUUUUUUUUUUAAAAUCAUGGAUGGACUUUAGUCAGAUAGUAUGUUUUCGGAAACGUUAUUUUUUUGGACAGCACAAACGACAAAAAAUAUAAUUUUCAAUAGACACAGAAAAAAAAAUAAUCAUAUGGUUUUGUCUAAAUUCUAGUACAGCGGCUCCAGGCAGCUCGAAGUCAACAGAUUAGAUUCUGAAGAACACAAAGUCAAAGGAUAUUCCAGUAAAAUCCCGUAUCCGGAAAUUUGUUUGAAAGAAAUUUCGUCGACGGAGAAUUGAUCGACGGAAGUUUGAUCGAACUGAAGUUCGUCGAAUUUUAUUUUCAGUUCACAUAAUCAAAUUUUGCGUCAAAUUGCUUUUUGAACGCAUUAUUUUGUUUUACUAUUUAGUUUAGUGAAUUUCUUUCUGAACCGGAUUAGAAAUGAUAAUAGAUAAUAAACCACAAUCCUCCGAAGUCCGGUCCCAAAUUAUUUCGUAUGAAAAAAACUGCAAUGCCCAAUGUGUAUUGUUAGAAAACAGCAGAUAUGUCAGUCAUAGCUUAUUAUAAUUUUAUAUAUAUAUUUUUUUUAAAAAUAGAUAGAAUGUAUUUCCUGAAUUAGUCAGUAAAGCCAACCACAUGGUCAUAGCAACAUAUAAAAACCUUAUCAAUCAGAAUACAGAACUAGACUUAGACCAUGGAAAUGCCUUUUAAAAAUCAUCUACUUAGGCUUAGACUCUUAGAAAUGUAGACUUUGACUUAGACUUAAAAUUAUAAUAUAUAAAACAAGAUAAGAAUAAUUGUUUAAAUAGCCCUUCAAACCGGAACAACUGGAUUUUUUCCUGGCCGACGCUCAAGUGGUAAAUUAGAUCACUCGUCAAUGACGUUUUAUUUGGUGACUAAAAGUUAAAACUGUAAUAAGACUACUAUUUUUAAACAAAGGCAAAGGUAAUCAUAUUCUAAUUAUUCAUUCAUUCAUUUUCAUAUUUUUUUAUUUAAUUUGUCAUUCGUGAUAUUAUUUCUUAUUACUUAUUUGUUCAUGGGCUUCAGUGACAGUUCAGAGUUCAGGGUCCACAAUUAAAAUGAUAUUAUAUUUUAUUUAUCAAUGACUCUUACUAACGCAUGGUUGCACAUUAAUUAAAUUACAUGGAUUACAUAUUUUACAGAUUUUAUGAUUAUGAAGUCUGGCUAGGCAUCUUAUGCCAAUGGCUAUGCUAGGGCGUCCCAAAAAAAUGAAGUUUUGAAAUGUUGAUGUCUCACCCCACAGAAUAUGUCUGUAUGAGUAUGGUAACAGUAGUUAACCUGCAAAAUUUCAGCUCAUUUGGACAAUGUUUAGAGGUCCCCCAAGAGGUUUAAAGUUCCAGAUUUUGGUGUAAAAUCAUUCGCGGUCAAAUCUAAUACAGCGUUAAUGUUGCAUUAUAUGCGAAACUGAUAUAUUAAGUAACAAAUUGAUGCUUAGUAUUGUUUAUAAUAUUAAAUGAAACAAAAUAUAUAAAUCUUGAAUGGUUUAUAUUUUUAAAUUUGAAAUUUAAGUAAAAAAUUAUGAAAAACAAAGUUUUAUUCAUUUUGACAAGUUAAUUCUUGAAAGAAUGUCAAUCUGCUUGAAAAAUAAUAAUAAGCAAUGCAAUUAAGCAUUCCUAAUAUUUAUCUUGUACUUUGUAAUGUAGGGUAGACAAAAAUUUAAAAAAGUUCUUCAAAUUUAAAUUUUAGCCAGCUGUUCACGAUUAUUAUCUGCAAAAUUUUUCCGAUGUUUGUCAACCACUUGGAGCAAAAAUUGUUUCUGUUCUUCGUCCUUGGUGAUACUGUCAUUGAAAUUUUGUAUCAAUGCUACACCUCGCUCUGCAGAGUCAUUGAUACAAGCCAGAUUCUUUACAAAAUCUGCUGCAACUUUAAAAGAUGGUGUAUCUGACCAUGCUUCAACAGGAACAUCUAGAAAACUGGCAUCAAUGUUGGAUGUUUCAAAAAAUGUGGUAGAAGCACGCAAAUCAACAACACUUUUUGGUAGUGUUUUUAUGAGAUGCGGUCCACGUUCUGAUUGCAUUGUCCGAACAAGGCCAGUUUUUUCUUUGUCCGACAAAAGGGUUGAAAAUAACACAAGCGUCGACAGUUCCGGACUCAAGUACCACGAGUGACGCACCAUCAUUUUCAAUCCAGUCGAUCGAAGAACAGCAUCAUCAUAUUCGUAUAAACGCUGUAUCAACAAGAUAUCAUUCACAGGUGCAUCUGCGGUGAGCCUGCAUGAAAACCAUGAUUGAAGAUAAACACAUAUGGUAAACCGAUUAAAGCGCUGAAUACCUUGUAAUUCUCGAGCUGUUAACAUAACAAAUUGAUGCUUAGUAUUGUUUAUAAUAUUAAAUGAAACAAAAUAUAUAAAUCUUGAAUGGUUUAUAUUUUUAAAUUUGAAAUUUAAGUAAAAAAUUAUGAAAAACAAAGUUUUAUUCAUUUUGACAAGUUAAUUCUUGAAAGAAUGUCAAUCUGCUUGAAAAAUAAUAAUAAGCAAUGCAAUUAAGCAUUCCUAAUAUUUAUCUUGUACUUUGUAAUGUAGGGUAGACAAAAAUUUAAAAAAGUUCUUCAAAUUUAAAUUUUAGCCAGCUGUUCACGAUUAUUAUCUGCAAAAAUUUUCCAAUGUUUGUCAACCACUUGGAGCAAAAAUUGUUUUUGUUCUUCGUCCUUGGUGAUACUGUCAUUGAAAUUUUGUAUCAAUGCUACACCUCGCUCUGCAUAGUCAUUGAUACAAGCCAGAUUCUUUACAAAAUCUGCUGCAACUUUAAAAGAUGGAGUAUCUGAUCAUGCUUCAACAGGAACAUCUAGAAAACUGGCAUCAAUGUUGGAUGUUUAAAAAAUGUGGUAGAAGCACGCAAAUCAACAACACUUUUUGGUAGUGUUUUUAUGAGAUGCGGUCCACGUUCUGAUUGCAUUGUCCGAACAAGGCCAGUUUUUUCUUUGUCCAACAAAAGGGUUGAAAAUAACACAAGCGUCGACAGUUCCGGACUCAAGUACCAAGAGUGACGCACCAUCAUUUUCAAUCCAGUCGAUCGAAGAACAGCAUCAUCAUAUUCGUAUAAACGCUGUAUCAACAAGAUAUCAUUCACAGGUGCAUCUGCGGUGAGCCUGCAUGAAAACCAUGAUUGAAGAUAAACACAUAUGAUAAACCGAUUAAAGCGCUGAAUACCUUGUAAUUCUCGAGCUGUUAACUGAAAGAUGGUUUCGUUGCCUGCAAACAAUAGUUCGAUUUUCAAUGCAUAGAUUGCUUUCGCCAUCCACCUUGCCCUAUGUAGGGCACCAGGUCUGCGAAUGCUGACAUCAACCUCCAACCCAACCAUUUGUGCAGCAAGCAGAAGAAAUUCCAAAUAAUCAUCACGUGAAUGACUGACCUCAAGUUGACAUUUGAUAAAUUCUUUAAUCGAAUCGGACACGAUUAUAAAAGGGGCGGAUCUGGCUUCGGGUGUGUGGUUUAAUUCUUGCCAUUUUUCUCGAAACCUCUUAAAAAACAAAAUCUCUGGUCCAGUGGAUGGUCCAAGACAAACAUUGAAUGCAUCGGAAAGGAGUACUUCCAACAUGUGAUGACGGCAUGCCAUCCAUAAUAGAUUACGUCCCAGGGCUACUUCUAACAGAGUGCAAGCUCCAUUGAGUCUUCCAGUAUUGGAAGCCGUAGUGUCGAAGCACAUGCCGAUGACCAUAGAUUCGCACUUCCACGAUUUGAUAUGUUCAUAUACUGCAUCAGCAGCUGCCCGUCCUGACCCGGAUGCUAACUUGGGAACACCAAGAAGCUUUGUAGUGCCAUCGACAAGUGAUGAGAGCAGGACAGGUAAUCGAUCGACGUUGUUGGUAACCUCUCCGGUAACAUCGGGCAAUAGCUUACCAUCCCAAUGAACAAUUGAAUUUGAGGGAAUAUAGUCUUCUUUUAUACGUGCUGCAGCUUGUUGACGACGAAGCUUGCGAUGACGAUGCAUUGUGCUCUAGGAAAAUACUGUGUCAGAUGUAUUUAAAAUACUAGUUUAAAAAAAUUGUUUAAAAACAAUGCCAUGUGGUGUCUUGCAAACUUAAAACAAGAUGGCCACCUUGGUCAUGUGACAAUAGCACUGCAGCAAAUAAUAACAAAUAAGUAUGGUAGAGAAUAAUUUCAUAAUUGUUUCUAGCCUGACAAUUUAGCAUGCUUAGUUUAAAACAAUCAAAUCUUCAAAAAAUAUGCACAAGUUUUGCACAUUAGGUAUUUUAUAUGUUUUCUCGCAUUUAUUACAUUUUCUAAUUAAGAAUCACACAAUUUCAACUCUAGUUAAUGGUAGCAAUGAGGUAAAUAUAAGUAUAUUUAAACUUCAUUUUAUUCAUAUAUGGCAUGCAAAAACUGCAAGUUAUUUGAGCCACGAUUCGUCUGGAUUUUUAUGUUGGCCUAAUACUGGAAUUUUAAAAGCUCUUGGGGGACCUCUAAAUGUUGUUCAAAUGAGCUACAACUUCACCAAUUCACUCAUUGUACCCAAGAGACACAUUUCAGGGGGUGAGACACCAAAGAUUAAAAAAAAUAAAUUUUCAGAGCAUUUCUGGGACGCCCUAGGCUAUGCGAAUAUUUCUAAUUCUGUUUUUGUCUAUAAAUAAAAUAACUUAGUUGAACCACAAAAAGACAGUGAAUGAAGUGCAUAUGAAUAUGAUAAAGUAUAUGAAAAAAUGACGAAAACAUGUAGAUGUGGUCGAAAGAAAAAUUUUGUGCAAACACACAUUUAUUUAUUUAGGCAUUUUUAUAUAGCGCUUACCUUAAAGCUCUAAGCGCUUUACAAUUAUUAAAAACAUGUAAACUAACUAAAAUAAAAAUGAGACAUUAGGAUAGUAACUACUAUACUAUAGAAACAAUUAAAAUGGCUAUAAAACGAGGACACUUUGGCUUAAAUGAGAAGGGGAAAGAUAGAGAAUGUGCUGUUUUAGCUACUUAUAAAAAAAAAAGGAAAAUGAGAACAAAAUAUUAAAGUUUAAUUAAAUCAUUUCAGCGGAACACAUUAGUUUUGUGGCGAACGUAGCAACUUUAUUGUAGCCCUCUAGGUAUGCUGCAAGAUUUGUCAACGACCUGCGGUCACUCCCUUCCCUCAACUAAAACGUGUGUGCUACAGUUACACACUGGUAAGAAAAGUGUAAAAGGGAAGAAAAACAAUACAAUAUGAAUAUGUUUUUAAAACAAUUACUUAACAAAUGUGAGAAAGCUUAAUAGAGAAAAAGUGUACAAACAAUUUUCAUACUAUUUCAACAAAUCAGAAAUUCUUAUUUAAAGAGACAGAAAAAUUGAAUGAGUUGGACAUAAAGAUUUAGUGCAAGAAAAAAUAAUUUUCCAUCAUGCGCAAAAUGUUGAGGAAAUCAAGCUUAAAACAAAGGUUUUUCAAUGCUCAAAUUUUGAAGGCUGAUUUGACCUAUUUUGAAAAAUGGACAGUUUUUUUAUUUUUUACUUUUUAUUUUACAAUUUUCUUGCCUAGUUGAAAAAUCAGUCUGGAAAUUUGAAGAAUGUGUCUUUGAUUUUAACAAGUACAAACUGGCAUUAAAAUUUUGUCACUUUCCAUUUUAUAUGGAUAUUCAAGUCGGGAAAUUGUCACCGUCCUUUAUGUUGUUGACAAAAAUUGAUUCCAAAUGAUAAGCUAACAGCAGUCUUGAAUUUAUUUUAUUGUGCAGCAGUUUUCUUUAAUUGCAGCAGAGUGGAAUAUGAUUCUGACUAACAAGAAUAUUGAAACUAGGCAUUUCAAAAUUAUUUUUAAUGUUUGGAUUAAACUGGCUCUAAGAAUAUUGACACGCUCUACAAUUUAGGAUGGAAUUCAAAAUAAAUAACCAGAUUAGAUGUGAAAUGAGAGUCAAAGAAGAUUUGUACAUUUAGUACAAGUACAAGAAUUGAACACAAAUUUUUCUGCUUGUUUAACCAUUUUUGAAAAGAAAUUUCAGAAUUUGCAUUAAAAGUUGUUGUUAUGUAGGACACUAUUCCCGUGCCGUGAACUUUGCAUGACCCCAAAUUAGAUUCCUAGCAGACACUACGUUCAUAGAUGGGCGUGGUUUAAUUUCUUUUGAUCUACCGUGUUUACUGCCGACAGCAACUAAAAAAAAUUAAUCUCCUCUCAAUAGUAUUUUGUAGAAUGUUUGUGAUUGGAUUAGAAAAGUAAAGGCGUUUCAACCCACUGUAUAAAUAAGGGGUUUCAGAGAUUGAUAGAGAUUCAGAUAGGUAUUUUUAACUUUACAAGACAAGUGUUAUUAUUCUUUUGUGUACUCAAAUGUGUUUAUUUGCCUUUGUCACUGUACAUUAUUAAUUAACUUUGUACUAUCUGUGUACCGGUACAAGAUCUAGCAUACUCUGUAAGUUGAUGAUUUGUAAUUAUAUUUCUUUUUUUUUUUGUAAUUAUAUUAAUACUUAAAUAAAUCUUAUUAAUUGUAAUUAGCAACUGUUUUGGGUGUCAUAUUUUUGCUAUUGUUUUUCUCUAUGGUAUCAUCUUUUUGUUAUACACUGUUUGAACGAGCCAUAACUUAAAACAAGAGAUUAAUUUCCCACAAUAGAAGCCAGUGCGUAACAGUUGUGUAAACAUGAUGAAACGGCUGUUUUCUUUAUUUCAUUUUAUUUAUUUUGUAUAUAUAGUGUGGCAAAAUAUACUUUAUAUUCACAACUGUGACAUUUUUGGAAAAAAGGAUGCCCACCGAGUAGAGGCUGACCAACUUUCAGUUUUGACUGUGAAAUUUUCCAUAUGAUUAUUUUUGGCAUAGUUUCUGUUUCAGACAAAAACGUAUUGUUAACUUGCAUUUGAUUUUUGGUUUCGGCCAAUAGGGAUUCAAGCUUUCUGUCAUUUAUCAGCAGUCAGACUGUCACUCUGUCGGUUUUGCAAUCUUUUUUUCAUUAUUCCUGGAUGUCUUGCUGUCAUGGUACAAUAUAUGACUAAUCCCUUGCAAACACUGCUUACAGCUGCAUGAUGACCUAUUUGUCAAAUAUUUCAACAAUUAAAAUACAAGUAGGCUUAGGAAAAGGUAAAUAGUUUUGUUGAAAAAAAGCUAACGGAAUAGUAAAAUUUCUCUUUUUAAAUUUUUUUUUAGGUUUUAUUCAUUUUGUGACAUUCAUUUUGUUUUAUCGUUAUCAUGCUCAUAAAAGUUGUCAUAGGCAAAGGUAAAUAGUAUUGUAAAAAUUUAAGGGAAGACAUUUCCAUCAUUUUAUUUUUUUUAUUUAAAAAAAUUUCAUACCUUUGCAUAUGUUUAAACAAACUUUUCCCACUUCAACUGGUAGCCUCAAAUUUGCUAAUGAACAAACCAAAUAGAUUAGUGAUUUGACAAUAAUGCACAUUGAAGAACAAAAUUGGAAUAGACAGAAUGAUGAGACAAGUAAGUUUGUCAUCUUCCAGCUCAUUUGUACAUUUAGUAUCAAAAAUAGCUCUCUAAGGAUUAGGGGUUAGCUUGAUGUUUCUGACCUAUUAGCAUACAUGUAAAUUCAAUUAAAACUUAUAAAAUCAUAGAAGUUCCAACUGGUAAUUACUAUUAUAGAUUUAUACCCUUUGCUUGACUUAUUUCAUUGUCACAUUAUGUAUUCUUUCAGCAGUGUUAAUUGGAGUCUUUUAGUGAUUCAGAGAGCAAGGCUAGACAUUAACAAGCAAAAUACCAUGGUUGAGAUCAUUGAAGAAUUAUUGGUAAGCGGUUGAUGUUUUUCCCGACCUUUGGUCACCAUAGAGAUACAUGCAUUCAGUUUAAAUUUGUUUCCAUCAUUUUUUUAAUUAUAAGUAGUAGGAAUUGGCAAGAGGGCUUUCCUGGAUAUUUUAAAAUGUCCAAAACUUUCUUAGAGGAUACACAAGAUCAAUGGUUCCAAGGUGCACUUCUCAGAGUAGCUCCAGAAAACUCCUAAACACAAUAUGGCCCCAACAGAAAUAGAUUUUUAAAAAGGGCUCAAGAAGGUUGGACAUCACUGUGCUAAAUCAUGAGUUUCAAAAAAAAAAAAACAACAGUACCUUGAGUAUGUCCAGUUUUGUGAAUGUCUGUAUGUACCUGGGAAUGUGCGCAACCCUAAAGGUGUGGGGGGGUGGGGUGGGUUAAAGCCAUAUUUGGACAGCGGGAUGGUGGAAAAAAUGCUUAUUUUGAGUGGACAUCCUUUAUGGACAACCCCUAAUUAACCUAUAAUAGAUUUAACAUUUCAUCCUUGUUAAAUUAUACUGAUUUCAAGAAAGUAUUGUGAUUAAGAUUUUUAAACCAGAUAACUCAAUUAUUCAUGUAAUUGUAUAAACCUUUUUUUACUUUUCAGCCUUACAGUCACAAUCAUGGCCAAAAAAUGCAUAUUGAAGCACUAUUCAAAACACUCAAACUUGGAGAAUAUUCAGAAAUAUCUGCAAUGAUAAGAAAGCAUUUUUUUGAGAGAAAAAACUUUUUAGUUAAAAAGCGAGUGAAGAAAAAAAAUGCUCCGUCUAACUCCUUUGAUUCAAUUAACAAAUUAUGUUUUAUUUGCAUCUGUCAUUAUUCUAAAGAACUGGUUUUUAUACGUCCUAUACAUCCUAGAAGUGAUUUAUUGGGCCCUACAUUUAGCCAUUUAAAUUGUUAUGUAAAUUUUAGCAAGUCUUACCCAGCGCUUAUAUGGUACUUUUGCUGCAUAUCUUGUGAGAAAAUAAUCAAACUUAUAAUCCAACAAAUGUAUAGAAAUCUUUACUCUAUAAUUAAUUUUGAGAGGGCUAUUUACAGUCUAGUAAGUGUUAAAUGUGAUUACUCCAAGUAUAAGUUUGGAAACAAAGUGCCUAGCAAAAAAAAAUAUUCACAGUGCAACAAUGCUAUUCAGUUACAGAAGGCUGAAAAUGGAAACUUAGCUUUGUCUGAUCUCUCUUCUGGGGAAAAAACUAAAAUGAAGUUGUCCAGGACUAAAGUAGAAAAUUCUACAGGAAACUCAAUAUUUGGGAGAAAUUCACUGAAAAUCAAAUGUGAUACACCUUUAGAUGAUCUGAUGCAAAGCAAAUCAGAGGAUUCAACUGAAGGAAAAUCUGGAGAGCUUUCAGAUAAAAAAAAAGGUGAAUCUGGUCUUGACAUUGUGCCAAAAGAUCAUGAAGAUAUGGGUAGAGGGUUCAGGUGGAGUGUGUAUUCUCAGAACUACUGGUCAAGACAAUCAUUUUUUCAGUCUCUCUCUGUCUAUCCCCUGUCAAAUCAACCAUUUAAAUCCAACCCGUUGUCCCCAUCAGCACAAGAACAAAGGAGGCCCAAUAAUCAAAGGGAUGCCAUAAAUAAUCUGAUGAGGUAUGAAGUUUUCCGGUUAUGCUCAUUUAGUUUUACCCAGUUCCCACCAAAUGUAGACUUGUGGGUUACCCAGCUGGCUCAGUCGGGCUUCUAUGUUGUUGGCAGUGGUGGCCGUGUUCGUUGCUUUAGCUGUGGUUGUGAAUAUGCAGAUUUUCUUGUUGGUUCUCCCAUUGACAAUGCGCAUGGGCCCAACUGCCAACGUCAUGAAUAUAACAGGAAUUUAAAUGAAUGGACUCAUGGAUUAAAUACAGAAGAUUUGGCACCUUACUUCACUGCAUUUGGAAGCUUAACACCAAAUUUGUUUAACGAUUCUGAAACUUCACAGCGAGUCGGAAUUAGUUUGUCUCUCCCACAAACUGUGGGCGGUGACUAUGGCUCAAAUGCAUUAUCUAACAGCACUCACCAUGCUGAACAUUUCAACAGAGGCAAUGAAGUCUCUGACACUGGAUUUUCUGAAAUUGGAGAUUACACUGAGACUCCAAAACCAUCAAGUGCCCCUCCUAUGGGCAAUGGGGAUUCCAAUUAUGUUUAUUUCACUUCUGAAGCGCACAGUCUUCCAACGUACUUGAACACUGUAUCAGGUGCAUUGGUGAGCCAAGAGAGCCAUGAGUCAAACAGUCGAGAGGUAUUGACUUCUGUUGCCAGGCAACCCAUGUCCAUAGACAAUGCACCUACUCAAAGAGCAUCUAAUGUCCAGGCACAGGAUGGCCAGGACCAAAACUCAUCAGAGGAGGGUGCUGUUGGAGGCUCAGUCCUACCAAGUUUUGACUUGAGCAGAGCAUCUUAUCCUCAGUUUGCCAGCAGUACUGCUCGAAGAACAACAUUUAAUGGUUGGAAUCCUGACCAUCCACAGAGACCAGAGGAUCUUGUUACCGGAGGAUUCUUUUAUGCAGGUAAAGAAUCAUUAAUUUGGGGCCUUGUCUUAAAUGACUCAUUAUUUUGAAUUCUUUUUAAAAGGAUGUGAGAGAAUUUUAGAACUGAAAUAUUAUUACAAAAUAACUUGUCCAGCUUAGAACUGUCUAUAUGAGUUGGGUUGUUUUGUUGGUUUUUUUUUCAUUCUUUCCUACUCCCCAAGAAUGGCCUACAUGUUUGGCUGGGGAAUCCAUUCCAGUUUGCUUUAAAGCAACAGUUUCCCUAAUUGUAGUCUAUUGCUUCUGCCUAGGUGCUCAGAAACAAGUUCAGCUUUUUCCUGAUAUAUAUUUGAAUACUCCAUUAUUUGGUCAGACAUAAUUAUUGCACAAUGUUAUAGUGUUGAAAAAUAUGCCAUCAGACUCAUAAUUAAUGUGAUGCUAGUAAAUAGGCAAAGGUUUUAGACAUUGAUAACUGCCAUGCUAUAGAUCUAAUUAAGAGCUGUAAAUGCAGAUACUGUUUGAAUGUCUGAUUUUGCUGAGAGAAAAAAAAAAAUCAAAAUUUUAAUUUAAAAUUCACCAUCAGUGUGUUUCUCAAUUUUGACCAUAUAUAAAUAUCCAACUCACCACAGCAAUAUCAUCAUUUUCAGAACUAAUCCCUACGAUAUUUUAUAAGAAUAAAACUUGUUUCAGGUUACGCUGAUUGUGUACGGUGUUUUUACUGUGGCCUUGGUCUCAAAUACUGGCGACCCAACGAUAUACCAGCAUACCAACAUGCCAGAUUCCGUCCUCAUUGUGUGUAUAACCGUAUGUAUAAAGGCCAAGAAUAUAUUGACAGAGUUCAGCAAGAUAUCCAAAAUGAACAAGUAAGAGCUUUACUUUAAUGCACAUAUUGAGUAAAUUCAAUUUUUAAAAGUCUUAAAUUUAUUAAACCAUCUUCAUUUCAAAUCUGUAAAUUGUUAUAAAUGUUAAAAUAUUUCUACCAAGCUAUCUGGAAGGUUUUUUUUAUUACUCCUCAAAAGUUUUUUUUUUUUUUUUUUUUAAAUUAAAUUUCGUUCAUAACAGACACAGGUUAAUCAGACAGGUUCAGAAACCACACAAACACCCUCGGUACCAACCCCUUCCACUCCUAUCACUGCUGGAUCCACCAACUCCUCCUCAACCAGUAAGAAAGAGUCAUAUUAUAGAGAUAGUCGUUUAAUCCAUUACAUUAUUUCCCCAUUUUACUAUCGUUUUCCAAACAAUGUUCCUUUCGUAUGAUAAUAUUUAAAUAUGAUAUUUUCUUAGUACCAAAUUUUAAUGCAUUUGUUAUUUGAGCACAUCAUUAAUUUGGACCUGAUGAAAGGAAGGCUGUGACAAACAAGCCACAGUUCAUCACAUUCAGUUGCAUUUGAAUUGGUUGUUCAUUCUUCAUUAGGUUGCAUCCAGGCCUCAGUUUGGGAAUCUUUUUAUACAGAUCACUACAUAAUUAAAAAUUAAGUAAGUUAGAUGUCAUACCUAGCAGUGAGAAUUUCUUAUGCUCUCUAUACAUAAUUUACCUAAUGCUAAAAAUAGGUGAUCCAGAACAUGCCUAUUUAAGGUUAACAGUGGCACAAGAGGCUCUGAGAGCUGGAUGGCGCAGUGAACAAAUAAUUCAAGCUAUCAGUCACAUUGUAGAAGAGAUUGGUAAGUUUUAGCUAAUUAUCCGAAAUUUUUCCAGUAGAUUUUUGAAUUCUGAAUAGUUGUUCUUGAUUUAAACAUACUGCUUCAAUCUCGUAACAUUAAAAUAUAAUGAUUUAAAAAUCUGGUUAGUUUUCUUACUGUGCAAUAAAAUUGAUAAAUUGUGUGCUUUACAGAAAUAUAUUUUUUUUAAAAUGUGAACUCGGGAACACUUCUUUGUAAUAAAAAAAUCUGUUUAUGUGUUGUUGUUUUUUUUUAGGUAUUACCAGUCAGAGCAUUCAGCUGGAUAUUUUAAUAGACGUGUUAGUCUCCUUGUACUCUGCCAAUGAUCAGCCCGAGGCACCUAAUCUAAGCAGCGGUGAUAGUGAUUCUGCUGGUGAUAGCAGUAGGAAUAUAGGUGACAGACCUGUGGAUCCAAAUAUUGCUACUGUCCGUCCUACCAUUCCAGGUGAUUAUUUUUAUUGCCCUUGCGCUACUUGUAUAUGGAAAUAUUGUUGCUAUUUUUGAAGUGUGUGGCCCUAAUGCCCUUGUACAUACCCCUAGCAUCCUCAUUGUGGGAAGCCAAUUAGAUACAUUGGCAAAGGUCCAACCAGUAAGAUUUAGCACAGUGGCAGGCAAUCUGCAGGGAUAUUUGUUUUUCAUUUUGAAGAGCCUAUUGUGUAUAAGCGCAAAGUACAUCCUUAUAGUUAUAGGCAAGUAGGGCUAUUCUCUUUUUCUGAGUUGCGGGUUCCAUCACAUCCCAAUGCACCUCGUACCAGUCAUUAUUUUUAUGCUCACUUUUCCCAUAGGCGGAAAUGGCUGAAUCGUACACAGGAUCUCAUAAAUGAGUCCUCUUAGAGUCGGUAGUGUCAACAAGGUGACCCUUUAGAAUAUUAUAUAAAUAUUCUGACCACAGCAUUGAUUUAUUUAUAUCUUGUCUUCAUUCAAACUGAUAUAAUUACAUGCUAACAGAAACAUUAAAUACAAGGGCAAUUCUGAUUGCUUUAAAGCUCUGGAUCCUAAGCCAUGGGUCACCACCAAAUGGGGUCACAGAGAGUUUUUUCAACGGUUGCUACAUGAAACAGUUACUAUAUGUGGCAAUGUGCCAUGUGCCACUAUUUGCAACUGCUUUUAGGUAACAUUUUAUAUGCGGCAGUAUGGAACAGAUAGGAAUAAGAGAAUCCACUCUCAUAGUCAUAGUGUGACUGCUAAGGGUAACCCCAAGCACGUACACAUCCAUGGUCAUUUAACGUAACACUAUGCCGUGUACUGGCCUUAAAUUUUAUGUAGGUUAUUUACACGCAGGAAUAACCAUCCCUGCUCCGGGGUUGACCCAUGGUCAGCUCGGGACGCGGGUUCCCUGUGACUGUGUGUGUGGAGGAGGGUGGCGAACUGGGACUUGAGGUGUGUACAUUUUUUUUGAGAUUGUGGUGUGGAACAGAUGCGUCGGGUCGGCGGCAGGUGUGAGAGAUUUUCCUGUCGGCUUAGUCAACGGAUUGUACCUUACAUUAAAAAGCUAUAGUUCUCAGACCUGAUUGUUUUAUUGUGAUUUUAUUUAAACUGUAAGCUACGUCACCACUCGGCUACAGUUUUGGCGUUGUCGGCAGGGUUCUUAGAGAACAGUUUUAAAGAAAAGGUAACACAAUCAUAGACAGAACACACAUAGACCGACCGGUGGAGAAAAGUGCAGGAGAAGUUUCACCUAGCCAACAGUCCACCCAAGCUGUCUAAAUUUAAUGGUGAGUGCAAUGCAGAGCAGUUUGUGAAGGAAGUAAGUUUAUUCCUGCAACUUCAGCCGAUCCCCGCAACCUCAGCGGUCAUCUGGAUAAUAGGUGCCCUGGAGGGACGUGCUCGUCAAGAUAUUUUGGACCAAGCUGUUGCUACGAUAGACACUCCAGAUAAACUACUGCACUUGAUUUUGUAGAACUGGGGUGAUCAUCAUGACGUCACAACUCUAGCGGCCGCAUUCUACUGUAGACAACAAUACCUUGGGGAAACUGUCGAGGACUAUGCGAAAGAAUUGCGCAACAUCUUCAUGUUAGCUAAUUCUGCACGACCUGGCAUUCUCCCAGAAGACAUACUGCGUGACGUAUUCAUCCAAAGUCUCCAACCACACACCCUACGCAGAGAUGUCAAGGCCUACGCAAGGCUACACACUAGCCGCUCAUUUGAUGACGUCCGUAGGGAAGCACAACCGUGGAUGCAUGAGUACAUUUAUGAUGUCGCCACCGCCCAGCUCUCAGCAUCACCGUCACCUUACCUGACCCAGCUGACAACACAACUUAUGGCUCGUAUUGACCAUCAAGUGGCAGCCAGGGCAGAACGGUAUAACCCUCCAUCACCUGAAAGGGACUGCAACGUCCGUUUCACCGAGUCUACACCAGCACCUAAACAUCAGCGACGACAUAAGCGUAAGCGACAACCUACGCGCACGGAUGUGUUAUGUCGUUGGUGUAGUCGUAGAGGUCACACAGAGCAGGUAUGCUGUGCCAAGAAAAAUUACAUUUCUCAAAGAAAUGGACAACCACAACACCCCAAGAGGCGAUGGUCAAAAAGGAAAUCCAAGAUGCCAUUUGGUCAUGAUGCUGCUCACGACCAGCCGACUGCUGGUCAGCAUGUGUCAACAUAUGUAAGAGAACCUGGUCAGUUUAGCCCUACUGUUGUUGGAACUAAAUCUGAGAAUGUGCGAUCCACAAACUCAGACGCAAAUACGAUUCUUAAACUUCAACCCGAAAGUGUGACUAAUACAGCUGGUCAUAUUGACCUUCGAAAUAUUAGGAAGAGAUCAACAGUUAAUUUUUCUGACACUGUUUUACGGAUGGUUCUGUUAGUGUUGCACCAAAACAACCAGCAGUUUGCCCAGAUGUUGAGAGAAGAACCGUUAUCAUGACCCACACAGUAACACUAAAAACAAAGACACACGUUUUUAAUUAUAAGGGAGAACUUCUGAAUGUUUUUGAGAAAUCUGAAAUUUUAUUAAAAAAUGAAAGUGAUCCAAUGGAAGAAGCCCAUCACAUCACAGAGGAUUCAAUCCCUACCAUGGUUUCACAUCACCAACUUCCAGUACAAUGAGUACAGGGCACCUGAACGAUAUUAGCUCAUCCUCACAAACAAGGACAUUAAGUUCAGAUUCAAAGUCAGGCCUGUCCAGUUUAGAUGCUAUCCCAUCAAGACAGGUUUCACCACAACGGCAUGACACAUGUGUACCUGUCAAUACUGCUCCCCAACAUUUAUCACACUCACGAGGUAAACACGUGACCACAACGCAAGUCGUACCUCCACCAGUAGUACCUCCACCAAUAGUACCCCGCAGAUCACUUAGCAUCGCAAAUCGAGAGAAACGGAAAUAAGGCAGUGGCACAAAAAGACACUAGUCCUAGUUGUUGUUUAUGCUAAGUGUUUUAAUUUGUUUUCAAAUAUUCGAUCGUUCUUUAAAUUUUUAUUACAAAGUAGUAGGCCCAGCGGGGACGCUGGGAUUUAAACAGUUGGGGUGGAUGUGGCAAUCUGGCACUAUUUGCAACUGCUUUUAGGUAACAUUUUAUAUGCGACAGUAUGGAACAGAUAGGAAUAAGAGAAUCCACUCUCAUAGUCAUAGUGUGACUGCUAUGGGUAACCCCAAGCACGGACACAUCCAUGGUCAUUUAAAGUAACACACAGCUGUGUACUGGCCUUAAAUUUUAUGUUGGUUAUUUACACGCGGGAAUAACCAUCCCUGCCCCGGGGUUGACCCAUGGUCAGCUCGGGACGCGGGUUCCAUGUGACUGUGUGGGGAAAAAAGGGGGGGGGGCGAACUGGGACUUGGAGUGUGUACAUUUUUUAGAUUGUGGUGUGGAACGGAUGCGUCGGGUCGGCGGCAGGUGUGAGAGAUUUUCCUGUCGGCUCUGUCAACGGAUUGUACCUUACAUUAAAAAGCUAUAGUUCUCAGACCUGAUUGUUUUAUUGUGAUUUUAUUUAAACUGUAAGCUACGUCACCACUCGGCUACAUAUAAAAAUAUUAUUUUAAAGAAAUAUAGAGUUUUAACAGGUGUUUAAAUCAAGUUUAAUUGAUUGCUAACUAUCUUUGAUGUGUUUACUCUUACUGUAUUGCUUUAAUUUUGGUAUAUUAUUGCUUUAAUUUUGGUAUAUAUCAGGGUUUAACUACAGUUCACAUUCAUUUAUAAAUAGGAACGUAUUAACUUAUUACUUAUUAUAACCUGUGAUUUCAUUUUUAACAAUCAUUAGUUAUGGUAUUGAUUUUAUUUAACUGCCCUUAACUGUUGUUUUUUUUUUUGUUUUUUUUAAAUGUAGCAUCAGUAACUUCAAAAUUAGCAGAAAGAUCUCUUGGUUUUGAGCGAGCCGAUGGAGGCGAUGAUGAUCAUGCAGAUACUAACGAAGUGAGUGAUGGGCCAAACACCCUUGAAAUGACGCAAGCUGUUGAACGGGAGAAUGCCUACCUGAGUCAAAGGACCAUGUGUGGCAUCUGUCAUGAACGCCCAGUUAGUUGUGUGUUUCUACCUUGUGGGCAUGUCAUUGCCUGUCAGCCGUGUGCAGACAUCUCAACAACCUGUAAACUGUGUCAUAAAAAUAUUGUUGCCACAGCAAAUAUUUUUUUGGCGUGAAAACACGUCAAGUUCAUAACUGGUGUAAUUAUCCUCCCAUUCCUCUGCUCUUUGAGGACAUCGAGCACAUCACCAGAAACCCUUACGCCUUCAAAGCAUUGGUAUUCACUUUUUGUUAUAUUUUUUAGAAUAAAUAAUUCAUUUCAUUAUUUAAAUCUCCAUCUUGACCAAUUUUCCUUGAAUUUCUGAGUUGUUUUUAUUUUAAGAAAAAAAAUAAUCAGGAAUUCUUUGUAAUUUGUAUAUAUAACUAAACCAAUUAAUAAAACGCUCUUACACCCUAAAGUUAUUUUUAGACCUUUUGUAUAGUUUUUUUGGGCGGCUCACUUGAUCCAAGACAUGUGUCAGUCCAAAAAUGUGUGCAUGCAACAUGGGUUGAAGGAGUAUGAACAUGAAUUUUCUUUCUUGUUGAACACUUAGAUGGUACUUAAUUUAAACAGGAGAGCUGAAGGUGAAGGAAUUGUAGCUUUUGUAGGUAUUGCCAAAAGCAUACAAAAUUCUAGUUGUAAUCUGUAUAGCCCUCAAAUAUUUAAGGAAGAAAUGUGUAUUGUUGGUGUCCUUACUGCUUAUUGUUGCGUCCAUUCAUCAUAUGCCUGACAAUUUUUUAUGUUCAAGAUAAAUCAGGGUAAUUUAAACUUAGCUCAAGGAGAAAAAAAAGAAACCCAAAUAGUGAUAGUUCAUUUUAAAAUAAUAAUAUUUAGAAAAAAUGGUUCAACUUCAACUUUUAAGAAAUAUUCAUGGAGACAAAGUUGAUAUUGUCUGUUCAUACUAUUGGUUUAACAGGUAGUUAAACAAGCUCUUAAUGUCUGCAUUGUCUUGUCUAGACUUUUGACCAUACAUGCUCUGACAUUUUUAACUUGAUUAAAAAGUUUAUAGUGAUUACAAUGGCCACGUCUUGUAGAACAGUAUUAAUUUGUCCUAAAUUCUGACGCAGGAUUUACUUUGUUUUUUUAAACUUUUUCAAUGUAGUAUAAUAGUAAUGUUGAAAGUAUAGCAAUCAGUAGCAUGUACUGGCUGCAGUAGCUUCGGGAGUGUAGGAUUGAUUAUGUUUCCUUGGAAUCUUCAAAAAAUGGAACUGUUUAAAAGCUAAUUGAGUAGAUUCAAACAAUUGUGAAUGAUGGCCGUUUGAAAUAAACUGCUGUUGAUAUUGAAACAAAGUAGGGGCGUCUACACAAUACCACACACAAUCACUGUCUUCAUACCAUGUAUGUCAUUGCUUCUGGAAUAAACACAGAGCUACCAAAAAUUAAAACUAAGUUAAUCUGCCAUGUUGAUGAAACAAUCAAUGAGUGUUUGAAUUGAAGAGAGUGUUGUCUCAAAGCUUCGUCAUCUCCUUAUAAUCACACAGCUUGUGUGUUUUAAGAUUGCUUUAUACAUUUUCUUAGCACUUUAACAUUUAUGGGAAAUGUUGUAUCAUUAUGCAUAUAAUAUUUUACAUAUAUAUUUGUUAUUUCAUAAUAAUGACUAUUUGCAGUAGUUCUUUGCAGUCACUUGAAUAUUAUUUUGACCGUUGAAAAAUAUUUAUCAUAUUAAUUGUAUAAUCUACAUUAAAAAAUGUAAUUAGGUUAUCCAUUCUUUUUCUAGCUGUUCAACUACAAUAAAUAUUGUGCAAAUGUGUGACAACUUUGUUAAUCAUGUAACCAGGGUUGAAGAAAUAUUUUAUUAGAUGACAACCAUUUAUAUUUGUAUGAUUAUGAUCAUUUUAAUGUAAACAAACAACCAUUGUGAACAACCUAUAACAAAGUGAUUCAUAUUCGAGAAUCACUUUAAUUUCCAAUAAUUAGUGAUUGCAAUGUUUGAAUGACUGAAUAUCAUUAUCCUCAUUUUAUCAUCAUGACAUUCAGCAUUAGUACUCAUAACAAUUAUGGACUUUGAAUGAUUAUGCCAGUCAAGUGAGAAAGAAAUGUAUAAAAAUUGAAUAUUUAUUUAUUUAGGCAUUUUUAUAUAGCGCUUACCUUAAAGCUCUAAGCGCUUUACAAUUAUUAAAAACAUGUAAACUAACUAAAAUAAAAAUGAGACAUUAGGAUAGUAACUACUAUACUAUAGAAACAAUUAAAAUGGCUAUAAAACGAGGACACUUUGGCACGAUAUCAUCAUGAGCUUGUGACAAUCAGGAUCUUAUCCGGGUACAUCUCUUUGAUGCAACAGUUUAAGCCAUUACAGUAUUGAUAUUGAUACAAUGGGCAUUAACAUGAUAGUCUGAUUAUUGUAUUUCUUUAUAUUCUUCUUACUAUGAAUGUAAUAGUCAGAAGAUAAUAAUAUUGACAUUCCCUAUUAAACUAAAAAUGCUUACUUGUCAUUUCAAACUGCUCACUGAUGUUGGU